CCGGAGACCGAGGGGCGCAUCUGGCUCAGCGGCAGGUGGUUGGCCGCACAUGCUGCGGAAUCCCCGGGCUUAAUUGACGGAGGGAAAAGUGUCCCUUUGUGGAGUUCGGAACUGGAGCCGAAUGGAGAAGGCUGGACGUCCUGGCCGUGACUCUCCCCCUGGACAAGAUAGCCAAGGUUGGAAUGGGUGGAAAUCAUAGAGCCUCGCACCCGGGAGCGCAUGUACGCCAACCUGAUCACGGGGGAGUGCGUGUGGGACCCGCCCGCCGGCGUCCGCAUCAAGCGCACCAACGAGAACCAGUGGUGGGAGCUCUUUGACUCCAACACCUCGCGCUUCUACUACUACAAUGCCACCACGCAGCGGACGGUGUGGCACCGCCCCCAGAACUGCGACAUCAUCCCGCUGGCCAAGCUGCAGACCCUGAAGCAGAACACGGAGUCUCCCCGGGCGUCCACCGAGAACAGCCCCGGGCGCAGCAGCAAUGUCAGCCGGGAAGGGAGCACCAGCUCUUCCCUGGAGCAGGAGCUGGAGGGCGGGGAGAAGGUCCCGGAGCAGAGCCGGCCCAACCGGCAGCCUUCCCAGUUCGCCACCGUCAAAGAGGAAACGGAAAGGCAGAUGGCCUCCGCGUCUCCUCUUGGUGUUGUCCCCCCGCCCGCCCCCCACCCCCGGCAGGCCGUGACUCCUUUCUGGUACGCAACGCGAGCAGUGUUGCCCUGGCACACUUUCACGCCCUCCGCACUGUCCUGUAAGAAGCCCGUUCUGCAGGGCAUCGGUCAGCAGACCGUGCAGGCGUUUGCCUGCUCUGCCUCGUCUCCUUUGCAGGUGGACCGUGAACUAGCAGCGGCUCAAGAGGCUUUGUGGGUAAUCCCGGAGAACAGCUGA